AGUGCUCUGUGUGGAGGUGUUACACAGAGCGGUGUGUUGUGUGCGUGGCUGUAAACUGACAGUUUUACUGGGGAGAAGCAGUAUAUAUAGUUUUAGUGGCAAAUCGUGUACGCUCACUUGCUUAUAAGACAUAGAAAUGUCAGAUCUUGACCAGUUCUCUAUGCCAAAGGCAGAAUAUACCGACCCCACCCUAAAACAAGAUCCUUUUUCGUCUGGAUCGAAUCGAGAUUCCUUGAAUCUAGACGACUUUGAGAAGGUGGAAGCAGACCAGCUGCCACCUCCUGCUAGCCACAGUGUGGGAGCAACUUCAGAUAUCAUGGAUGACAUCGUGCCCAAAGUGUCAAGCACAGAGAAGGACCCUUUCUCCAACUUUUCAAGCAUGUCAGCAUCGGAUACUAAGUCUGAAAUUUCUUCAAAGUCACCUGCCGAUCCUUCAUCCUCCCUCUCAAACGAUCCAUUCAGUCGUGAAGCUCAAAGUGACCCUUUCAGCAAAGAAACCGUGUCAAGUAACUUGUUUGCUGCAGUGUCCUCUGAUUCAUAUGAUGAAGGCUCCGUAGAUCUUCUGUCAUCUGUUCCACCACGACUCUCUGAUUGUGUCAACGACAAGCUUUUGAAGGACAUGUCUCAGGCUGAUACUCCAGUAUCAAUCGCUGAUUUCACUGUACCAGUGGACAAACCUUCGCAGGACAUGUCUCAGUUUGAUGACUUCCUGAAAGAAAAGCCCGUGCAAAGUAUGUCUGAGUUUGAUGCUCCAUCAUCACUGACAGACUUCAUCGUGGACAAACCUUCACAGGGUAUGUCUCAGUUCGAUGACUUUCUUCAGGACAAGCCAUCACAGGGCAAGUCUCAAGCUGAUGCUCCAUCAUCACUGACAGAUUUCAUCGUGGACAAACCUUCACAGGGUAUGUCUCAGUUCGAUGACUUUCUUCAGGACAAGCCAUCACAGGGCAAGUCUCAAGCUGAUGCUCCAUCAUCACUGACAGACUUCAUCGUGGAUAAACCUUCACAGGGCAUGUCUCAGUUCGAUGACUUUCUUCAGGACAAGCCAUCGCAGGGCUUGUCUCAAGCUGAUGAUUUCUUUACUGCAGGGGGCCAGAGUAGUUCAUUCGGUGACUUUACGAUGCAGCCAGCUACAGAACCCCAGACCGAUGCUUUCUUAAUCACGAAGAGCCAAGCACCUGCUAUGGAGUCCAUAAAGAACCAAGACUUCACACCAUCGGAUCAGUCCACUCCACGUGAACCCAGCCCACCACCUCGUCAACCCACUCCACCACAUGAACCUAGCCCACCACCCCGUCAACCCACUCCUCUACGUGAACCCAGCCCACCACCCCGUCAAUCCACUCCUCCACGUGAACCCAGCCCACCACCUCGUCAACCCACUCCUCCACGUGAACCCAGCCCACCACCCCGUCAACCCACUCCUCCACGUGAACCCAGCCCACCACCCCGUCAACCUACUCCUCCACGUGAACCCAGCCCACCACCCCGUCAACCUACUCCUCCACGUGAACCCAGCCCACCACCCCGUCAACCCACUCCUCCACGUGAACCCAGCCCACCACUCCGUCAACCCACUCCUCCACGUGAACCCACACCACCUAGGAAGAUUAGCCCACCAUCUAUGCAGGAGAAGGUUAUCUCUGCACCAGUACAGGAAGCCCACAUCACCCAAGGAAAAGCCUACAAUGUGUCCGACUCCACCAUCAAAUCCCUGGCUGUGUUCAACCCACGCGCCUGGUUCAACAAAGAUCAACUGGACCCAAGAGUGGUUGACCUGAUCUACUGGCGCGAUGUGAAGAAGACUGCAGUGGUUUUUGUAGCCUUCUUAGUGCUGCUGCUCUCUCUAGCCUAUGUAUCAUUCAUUUCUGUGCUGUCCUACACUUCACUGACCGUCCUUACUGUAACUAUUAUCUACCGAGUUUACAAGAAUAUUAUGCAGGCAAUUCAGAAGUCACAGGAUGGACACCCAUUCAAGAGUUUCCUGGAACUGGAUACUGAUCUGCCUCAAGAUAAAGCACGUGAUUUCAGCGAUGCCUUUGUCACUUGGUUCAACCCCAAAUUUUCUGAAAUUAAGCGACUUUUCCUCGUGGAAGAUCUCGUUGACUCCGUCAAAUUUGGUUGCUUGCUGUGGUGUCUGACAUAUGUCGGGUCUUGGUUCAAUGGGCUGACUUUGGUCACCUUGGCUGUGGUAGCACUCUUCACUCUACCCAAGGUGUAUGAACAAAACCAGGCCCAAAUUGAUCAGUAUGUGGGGCUUGUUCGCAACCAGGUCAACGAUGUUAUGUCAAAGGUAAAGGCUGCUCUCCCGAUUGGAAAUAAGGAAAAGACCCAGUAAGAAUGAAAUGCCAAUUUGUGAUAUCCUGAGUGCAUCUAUAUUUGUGUGCUACAUCGAACCACUGGUGCGUUGCAGCACCUGCACCAACUUCGACAUCUGCGUAUUCUCGUCAGCAUGCGAAGAAUGAUGCCAAUGGAGAACCAACCUAGUGGUGUGGCCAAUCAUGCACUACUCCCUUUCUUCACAGUGUAUUUCAUGCUGGGAAUAUACUAUACUGCUGCACUUAGUGUUUUGAUAGUAUGUGGACAUUGUUAACUUACUAUGCUAAAGUUUUAUAGUAUUUCAUUGGCAACAUAUAUUACUGAAGACUGAAGCCCAGCAACCUAUUCUUGUGAGGUGUAGGGAGAUUAGAGACUAUUUUGUGAAUAAAGAGGCACAUUUUAAUGAAAUUGGCACUUCCAGCUGAUAUUAGUGCUAUUGAGAAGAUAAUCAGUUGAUGCUAUUGUGCCUCUUGUCACCCUAUUUCUGAUUCUCACCCUUGCUUGUCUUGGUCAGAAGAUUGUGCAUAGCAUUGAGUAUAUACAUCGUGUACUGGGUCUAAUGUAUGUUGAGACAUCAUAAUUCCAGAAAUGCUGUUGCACCCAUACAGCCCAGUCAAGGGUGAGAAACAGUCACAGAUACACCACUCCACUGUAUAGUCAAUGCAUAACUGUUCUCUGUAGAAUCUUUUUUCUUAAUUUUAACGUUAGAAAUGUGAAGGGCGUAUCAAUGCAAUCGUGUUAAGUUGGUUUAGUUUGUUCUAACAUGCUUGAAAAUGACUGUCUUACGGUUAAUGUAGAAAAUUGCCAAAUAGUGCAAAGGAUCUGUUGUCAUUUGUCAAGUCUUCUGAGAUCUGUCCUCAUAAUUUAUGAUCUUCAUGCUUUUUGAUUUUUAUAUAGAAAUUGAUAUCUAUUGUACUCACUUGCAUAUAAUUUUAUAAAUAUGCAAACAGUGUUUUGAUUUUUAUAUAUAAUCACCUCCAUAACUCUGUAUGGGAAACCUGCUUCCAUUUUGAUGGGUGUUCUCUUAUGUAUGAAGUGGGAUUUUUCCUCUACUUUCAUAGUGUUGUUGCUUGCCACAGUUGUUUACUAAAGAGCUUCUGUAUACAUUUUCAAUGUCAUCAUAAAUAUACAAGUAAGGAUUCAGACAUACUAUAAAUUAGUUUAAUUUUUGCAUUGAACUUACACUGAUCCAUAGAGGAAUAUAAAUGAAUCCCUACUUGAGUGAAAGAAUUAGAACACAAUUGUGGGGAUGCAAACAGGUGAAGAUUUUAUUUAUAUUUGGGUAAUGGGUAGGAAAACAAAUGUAAAAGAGGAAAAAAAAUCUUAAGUUGAAAAGGUUUUCUAAUUACCUGUAAGUGUUCUUUCAUAUUGCAUACAUUACUGUCACAAACAACAGUAAAUUUGCUGUACUACCAAAUAAAACAUCAGUGAUUU